CCACAGCUUAACUGUCCAAUAUCCUGUGCUAAGCAUCAAGAAGAUUGUGAACUAUCCAGUGUGUGUCCUGGAUACGUGGAUGAUUCAGCAUGGUUUCCAUUUGGAAAUGCAGUAACUGUAGAAAGACUGGAAGUAGCAGAGAGGAGGGAGCACCCAAACAUCCUUCCUUUCUUUUGCAACAGCUGCAGAGGCAACGGUCCUGAAAAUGUCACCCUAAAACAUUUAGUGUAUUGCAAAGCCCAUAAAAACUUUCAUCGCGUUCUUUAUAAAACUUAUAAUUUCUGAGAAACAGGGUGUCCAGGGGUUUGCACACUGGAGGAUUUCAAGAUAGUUUACACCUGAAGGGUACUUGGACAAAACUAGGACACCUGUUAACUUAAGUCAAGCUGGAAUUCUGGUGAUAAGUUAAGCAUUUUCUUCCUGGCUGCUGGGAAAAGAUUCUGCUUUCAGGUUGUCAGAGAUGGUGAUUUGAAGAAUCAUAUUUCCAAUAUGAACAAAGCAAAAAUAUCAUCUGAAAAAAGUGUUUCUACCAGUUCCCGGACUUUAUUCCUGCUGUCACAGCUGGAGAAGAUCAAUGUGUGCUCUGUAUCAGGAGAGUCAGACAGUGCCAGAUAUGUUACCUCAAAGAUCCUUCAUCUGGUCCAGAGUCAAGAAAAAACCAGGAAAGAGAUUACCUCUAAGGGCUCUACUGGAAUAGAAGUUAUCCUAUCAACCCUAGAGAAUACAAGAGAUCUUCAAACAAUUCUAAAUAUAUUGAAUAUUCUCAUUGAGGUAGUCUCUGUUGGUGGUGGUCGGAGAGCAAGUGUCUUAGUCACCAAAGGAGGGACACAGAUCUUGUUACAGCUGCUUUUGACUGCCAGCAAAGACUCCUCACCAAAUGAAGAACUAAUGGUGCUUCUUCAUACUCUUCUUGCAAAAAUUGGUCCAAAAGACAAGAAGAUUGGCAUGAAAGCAAGAAUAAAUGGUGUCCUAAACACGUCGUUGAAUUUAGUGAAGCAUAAUUUGCAGAACCACAGGCUAUUAUUGCCAUGUCUUCAAGUUUUAAGAGUUUAUUCAAACAACUCUGUAAAUGCAGUAUCUCUGGGAAAGAAUGGAAUAGUAGAACUGCUGUUUAAGAUCAUUGGCCCUUUUAGUAAAAGGAAUACUAGCCUUAUGAAGGUUGCUUUAGACACACUUGCUGCAUUGCUAAAAUCAAAAACAAAUGCCAGGAGAGCAGUAGACAGAGGAUAUGUGCAGGUGCUUUUAACAAUUUAUGUUGAUUGGCACCGUCACGAUGGUCGACACAGAUACAUGCUGAUACGUAAAGGAGUGUUACAGUGCAUUAAAAGUGUUACAAACAUCAAACUGGGAAGAAAAGCAUUUCUUGAUGCCAAUGGGAUGAAAAUUCUUUACAAUACUUCACAGGAGUGCCUUGCAGUAAGAACUCUUGAUCCUCUUGUCAAUACAUCCAGCCUAAUAAUGAGAAAAUGUUUUCCCAAAAAUCGUCUUCCUUUACCAACUAUUAAAAGUGCUUUCCAUUUUCAACUCCCGGUUAUUCCUGCCAGUGGUCCUGUGGCUCAACUGUACAGUUUGCCUCCUGAUGUGGAUGAUGUAGUAGAUGAAAGUGAUGAUAACGAUGAUGCUGAAACAGAAACUGAAACUGAAAUUGAUGAUGACAAGGACCAACAUUUUCAGAAUGAUGAUAUCGAGACUGAUAUUAAUAAACUGAAACCUAAACAGGAAUUGGGAAGAUCCAUAGAGGAGCUGAAAAUGUAUGAGAAAUUUUUUCCAGAACUUUCAGAAAUCUUUCAGGAAUGGGACUUCGUUUCCAAGAAACCAAAGCGUUUUGUACCUGAUGCAAAUAUGAGUGGACCUAUUGUUGUUCCUACAGCCAGUGAGGAACACUCUGCUGAAGCAAAUCCAUCAGCAAAAGGAGUUGCUUUAAAGGAGUGCAAUCCUUUAUUGACAGAGGGAAACAAUAGAAGGCCAAUGUAUCUAGUGCUACCAAAGAAAGAUAACAUGAAAGACAGUAGUUUACGUCAGCAAAAUGAUCAAAGAAACAUCCUUCCAUCAAUCCAGUGUCUAAGCCAAGAAAUUGUGAAAGGCUUGGACAGAAUCAGUCUCCAGAACAGUGCAAAAAGUGAUCAGUAUUAUGUUACAGAGUGUGUAGUAAAGAAGGAAAGCAAAGCUAGCCCUACCACACUUGCCUGUAGUAAAUCCUGUGAUUAUGUUUCACCCUGUGGAGGUAGUCUCUUUGAAGGAUCAUCUGUCCAGCUGGGAAAGCUCUGCUGUACUGGAGUGGAUUCAGAGGAUGAGGGGGAUUCCAGAUCUAGUUCAUCAGGAGAACAUGUCAUGCUUCAAGUUUCUGAUGUAUCACCAGUUCAUGACUGUGAUCUUUAUCUUGAAAUGGUGAAGAGCACAAAGUCUAUUCCAGAUUACUCAGAAGUGGCCUAUCCAGAUUAUUUUGGCCAUAUUCCACCCCCAUUUAAGGAAUCUAUUCUGGAAAGGCCAUAUGGGGUGCAGAGGACAAAAAUCUGUCAAGACAUUGAAAGGCUGAUUUAUCAAAAUGACAUUAUAGAUAGAGUUGUGUAUGACCUUGAUGAUUUGAGUUGCUCUGUACCAGAGGAGGCAGAUGUUUUGAAGUUUAAUUCCAAAUUUGAAUCUGGAAACCUGCGCAAAGUUAUUCAGAUCAGAAAAAAUGAGUAUGAUCUAAUUCUGAACUCAGAUAUAAAUAGCAAUCAUUAUCAUCAGUGGUUUUACUUUGAAGUCAGUGGAAUGAAAACUGGCACUGGUUACCGGUUUAACAUCAUCAACUGUGAAAAGUCAAACAGUCAGUUCAACUAUGGUAUGCAGCCGCUCAUGUAUUCUGUUCAGGAAGCACUGCAUUCUCGACCAUGUUGGAUUCGUGUUGGGACAGAUAUUUGUUACUACAAGAAUCACUUUUCAAGAAGUUCAAUUGCUGCUGGGGGCCAGAAAGGAAAAUCCUAUUACACAAUUACAUUCACAGUGACUUUCCAACAUAAAGACGAUGUGUGCUAUUUUGCUUACCAUUAUCCAUAUACAUACACAACUUUAAAGAUGCAUCUUAAGAAGCUGGAAUCUAUGCACAACCCUCAACAGAUAUAUUUUCGGCAAGACGUUCUCUGUGAGACCCUAGCUGGCAACAGCUGUCCAUUAGUCACUAUUACAGCCAUGCCAGAGUCCAAUUACUAUGAACAUAUCUGUCAGUUCAGGAAUCGUCCUUAUAUAUUCCUGUCGGCUCGUGUACAUCCUGGAGAGACUAAUGCAAGCUGGGUCAUGAAGGGAACACUGGAAUACCUUAUGAGCAAUAGUCCAAAUGCACAAUGUUUACGGGAAUCUUAUAUUUUCAAAAUUAUUCCCAUGCUCAAUCCAGAUGGUGUCAUCAAUGGAAACCACCGUUGCUCUUUAAGUGGAGAAGAUUUAAACAGACAGUGGCAAAAUCCAAAUCCAGACCUGCAUCCCACUAUUUACCAUGCUAAAGGGUUACUGCAAUAUCUGGCUGCUAUAAAACGCUUGCCUUUGGUCUACUGUGAUUAUCAUGGUCAUUCUCGUAAAAAGAAUGUAUUUAUGUAUGGCUGCAGCAUCAGAGAGACAAUGUGGCAUACAAGUGUUAAUGCUGCCUCUUGUAGCCUGGAUGAAGACCCUUGUUACAGGAUACUCCCCAAGAUCCUGAGUCAGACUGCCCCCGCAUUCUGCAUGGGCAGCUGCAGCUUUGUAGUGGAAAAGUCCAAGGAAUCUACAGCACGAGUUGUUGUCUGGAGAGAGAUAGGAGUACAAAGGAGCUACACUAUGGAAAGCACUUUAUGUGGAUGUGACCAGGGCAAGUAUAAAGGACUGCAGAUAGGUACAAGAGAACUGGAGGAGAUGGGAGCAAAGUUCUGUGUUGGCUUGCUGCGUUUAAAAGGAAUGUCCUCGCCUUUGGAAUACAAUCCGUCUUCUAGUCUGUUGGAUAUUGAAAAUGAGCUGAUUGAGUCAAGCUGUAAAGUGACAAGCCCCACUACAUACGUGUUGGAUGAAGAUGAGCCUCGCUUCCUUGAAGAAGUUGAUUACAGCGCAGAGAGUAAUGAUGAUCAAGACGUUGAAUUACCUGAUAAUACGGGUGAUUAUGAGGCAACUAAUCAAGAUGACAGACUUUCAGACUCAGAUUCGGCAAGGAUUCUCUUUUCUUGAACCAGCUUUGCUGCCAGUAACAGAAAAUAAAGUAUCCUGGAUUUCCAGUCAUAUACUUCCUUGCUGUUUUCUACAAAGGGGAUAAGCUUCAGUUAACAUAAAUAGCUGGGGCCUGCAUAGCUCAAGGACAGUAAAUAUUUCUGAUAAAUUUGCAUUUGUUUUAUUUAAGGAGUUCUGUGUAUUCUUUAAGUCCUAAAUAGAUACAUUUAUUUACCACUUCAUUUUCUACUAAAUAGUACUGCAUGGUAUUUUGUGUCCUUAAGCCCUAUCUUCAGAAAAAUGGAUUAUAAUUUUUAGUGUGUCAAAGUACAGAAACUACAGUAAUUUCAUGACUAUAAAGUGUACUGGAUUAUAAGGCACACUUCCAGGUGUCAGCAAAUUUCCAAACUUUUGCCCAUAUAGUCAUGAAAUUAUUGUAGUUUUCUGUGGUACAGUUGUUUGAGUUCUUCCUGAAAAGUACAUAUGUACAGAUUUUCUAAAUUAAUUUAUGUAUGUCUUUGUAUAUGCGCGUGUGUAUACUGAGAUGAAGAGGUUAUUUUUUGACAUUAUUUCAAUGAUACUUGAUUGUGUUUGAAGCAAUGUAGUGCCUGCUCUGAAACCAUUCAAUAAUUACUAAAUUAAAAAUGAGAACAUGAAGUAUGAUUUUUUGCACUUGUUUCUUGCUUCUUAUGAUUAUAUGGUUUUGCCACAGUAUUAAGUGAAAAUUCUUACUAAUUUCUGUUCAUAGGUCAGGAAUUUUGCACAGUGACCAAUGUAGCCUGUUUUGAAGAUCUAGACUCUUGUAAAAAACUCACUUAUAAAAUAGGCAUGAUGUAAUUUGAAGAAGUUUUCUUGUUAAGUGUACAUGUCUGCAGGAAGAGGUCAAGUAUGUGCACUCCAUGUAUAUUCAGCUACACAGCUGCUCCGUUUUCUUGAAUAUGCACAUAGUUAAAAAUGUUCACUUUACCGGAGGUACAUUAACUAUAUACCCAAUUAACUGCUUUAAGGGGGAUGGUGUAUUUUGGUUUUUUGCCUGAUUGCAACCUAGUGUUAACUCUGCUCUGAUAAGGAGAUUGGACUGUAACUUCCUGAGGUCUCUUCCAGGCUGAAUAAUUAUUCUGUGGUUUUCUAUUCUUCAUGUUUAAAGUCAAGCUGUCAGGUAUGGGAUUUACACUUUUUCAUCUUCUGCUAUCAUCUUCUAAUUCUUAUUGUCUCUUGCCUCUGCUUAAAAUAAGAUCUAAUAGACAAACAAGAGUUUGUAGUACGUUGUUUGAUAUGUUUCGCAAUGAAAAGUACUUUUCAAAAAUUAGUUCUACUUGAUGUGACCCAGUUGGGGCAUUCAUUUUCUUCUGCAUGUGCCAGGGCUUUAAGAACAUGAAGAAUAACAUUUCUGAGUUUUAUCAGGUUUUUAACCGAUUAGGAUUUUCCAUAUGUUUGCUGUUCAAACUAAAACUUAUUUGGAGGGGAAAGGUGUCUUCUGUAGAGGGAUUAGAAAAAAAUAAAAUUAUGAAAAUUAAUUGUAUCAGUAAUUUUAGCCAGGAGAUAGAUUUGCACCGGGAUCUCUUCUUUCAAAUUCAGCAUUGUUUGGUAAUGCCUGUCCAUACUAUCCUGAUUCUGAAAUUGGGAAAGGGGUUUUGAUUGCUUGUUAUAUGUGACUGUAUUUUUGUUCAGAGGCUUACGUUUGCAUUAAUUAACAUGCAAAGAGGUGUAGGAAUGGAAAACAUGGAAAAGUUGGAAACAUUUAGAGUCUUGUUCCUUUAUAAGUUUUUCUUUGUAGUGAAAAUUAUCUUUCCUUGUGUUCUGUGAACUACAUACUGUAAAUAAGAAAAUUUAUUUUUUACCCUGUUGAAGAGGAGCCCUCUGCAUUGAAAGUAGACAAAUUAGGGAAUCUGUCUAAUGGAAGAAUUAACCUUUCCACAGAAUUUGGAUUAUUUUUUCAGUCCAAUGACAGCCAUCCAGAAUGCUCAUAUUGCCCAGUCUAAUGCUAUUUAUCUGCAUAAAUAGAUUUUCAUCCUUUAGGGCUCCUAUUUCAGUGGGAGUAUAAUUGAAAAAAAAUAUUAUUAAAAAUUUCACUUAAAUUUUAAAGAAUACAGGAUGCCACAUGUUUGUUAACUCCAUCAUGCAUGCCUUCUUAGGUUUCAUUUGAAUUUGUAUUAAUCUUGGAACGCUAUUUUUAAACUACUGAAAAGACUAGAAAUCUACUUCAUCCAUUUAGAAAAUUGUGACUUAGUGGUAUAAAAUUGUCUUUUUCCUCCUGAGUAUGUAUGUAUACUUGUUCUUCUCAUGGCUCCUAUAGCUUUUAAUCUGUGCAAAAAAGAGUUGUCAGCUAUAUAAUAUCUCAGGAUAACAUGUUUAUGCAUCAGAUUGUAAGUUAUGCAUUAGAUGUCACUUUGGUGUUAGAUGUCACUCUGGCAUCUAGUUGGUCUGAGCUUCUACCAGUGUAAUUCUAGUCAAGAGGUGAAACUUUUUCCCUAUCUUACACAUUGUUGAAAAUGCAAAGGUCGUUACCUCAAGCAUUUUCCAGUACUUGCCUUUUGGAAGGUAAAGUCUGUUCUUGCUCACAGGGAUGCUAGUUCAUGGGAAGACCUGCUGCAGUGAGAACUGCUUCAUACUCUUUAUCCCUUCUGCAAUACCUGUAGCUAUUGUUGCAGUGGUGUUGACAGACAGAUGCUGGUGCCCCCUUUUGUGUGUUUUGGUAGGAAGUCUAGUGUUUAGCUGAAAAAGGAACAGCUAACACUUGAGCACACAUUACAUUCUGUGGCAUUCACCCUAAAGAAAUGGGCACAAUGUUAGCAAAUAAUGGCAGCGUCUUGGACUGUCACAAGUCAGUCAUCGAGCAUGGUCUGUCCCAGACAAUUGACUGGUCUUAUUCUCUGUCUUGGCAUUUCAAUGUGGCUUUGGUUUUAAAUUACGGUGUUUUCUGUAAACGUGACUGAUUCUGUAUAGGCAAAGAACAUAUCCCUAGAUCUUCCUCCAGUAAUAACAAACAAUUAAGACUAUAAAUAAUAAUUACAUAUGUGUUAUUUACUGUCUUGCUUCUAUAUAAUUGCCAGAUGAUGAAUUACUCUAUUCCCUUUCCAGAAGUUAUUCAAGUUGCAUCACAAAUUUUGGUACUGUGUCUUCACUGGGGACAUCCCUGGUGUAAUAUAACUUAAAGCAGUUUGUGCCAAAAUCUUAUCUGGUCAUUUUUGAGGUGGAUAUCUUUAUCAGCCUGAUUUACCAGGUAGUUUGGUCUGAAUUUCAAGUAAGACUGCAGAAGCAGUAAACACUGUUCACAAAAUGCAAAAAUACAAGGUUUCAGAUAAUUUCUGUUGUAAUGCUGUGAUAAAUAUAAUUGUUGCAGUGUUAUUGUGCAUGCCCCAAAUACCAAUACUUAUUAAUAAAAAUGCAUAAUAAAGAAUUAAUUACAA